GCGCUACUAAACGACUGCUGAUUGCAACACGUUUACUUCUGAUGCUUUGAAUAAAUCCAACGUACAAAAAUUCAUUAUCACAUUCAUCUACCUCGAUCCUACUUCCCCGAUAAAAAACAAUAAACUGAUAUUGAUUGAUUGAACAGAAUGUUUAGCCAAAAACUUAUUUCAUCGACAUCUUUAUAUUGUUCUUACAAUUCUCGUAGACAAUUAUUUUCCGCUCAGAUUAAGAAAUUUUAUAAAAAUGUGACAAUAUUUCAGUCAACUCAUGAAAAUUAUCAAUAUCCAGUAUUUCAAAUUCUUCUUGAUCAACGUCAACUUCGAACUCCAAGUGGAAUUCAUUUUUAUGUACCGAAUCAAGCAUUAGCUGUUGCUGUUGCACAUGAAUGGGAUAGUCAAGUGGACACGAUAAAACGAUAUACUAUGCCUUUAACAACAUUGUGUAAUCGAGCAUUGGAUACUCCAGAUGAUCAACGUGAUGUCCUUGUCAGUGCUAUUAUGCAAUAUGUUGAUACUGAUACAAUUUGUUUCCGAUCUCAAGAACCCGAUGAUUUAGUUAAAGUACAAUCAAUUUCAUGGAAUCCAAUUAUUAAUUGGAUUAAUAAAACAUAUCAAAUUAAACCAAUGAUUACUGAUAGUUUAACAUCAUUGGCUAAGCUAUCAUUGUCGGAUAAAGAGAAAUUAACACGUCAUUUUCGUAGUUAUAAUAUAUGGGGUCUUACUGGAAUAAAAUCAUGUGUGGAAAAUUUAAAAUCAGUCUAUCUUACACUAGCUAUGUUGGAUGGAUUUUGUUCAGCUAUGCGAGCUGUUGAAUUAAGUCAAAUAGAAAUACUUUUUCAAGCUAAUCGAUGGGGCGAUGUACCAUCCUAUCAUGAUGUCGAAAAUGCUGAUCUGAAUGCACGUGUUUCCGCUGCACUCUUCUUAACUCUACUCAGUCAUCAUCGACAUGAUGUGAAAUUGAAAGCAAGUAUCAUAUGAAGAAGAAGAAAUUUGGCAUUUAGAUAUAGAUAUUGAGAUAUUAUUAUUCAUUGAAUUGUGUUGAAAUGAAUAAAAGAAUAAAAUUAAACAUCAUUAAUUACAAUUACCAUUGACCGUUCCUCUUUUUGUACACAUACACACGCACACCCCCACACACAAUCAACGGCUCGAUAUGAUGCUGUUAGUAGUAGUAGUAGUAGUAGUGG